CUUAUCUCUGCUCCAGUUCUGACUCCAUGAUGAAGGACUUCACAGUUUUCUAACGUCUCCUGUUGUUUAAGCUCUUCAAAUCGCAGAAAAUGGCGGAUGAGGCAGAAAAAUCUCCUCUGCUGUGUGCGGAGGCGAGCGGAAGUGAGCUUCACCACUCCUCAGUGCCAGACAAUGUCCCGUCCGCUCCACCGUAUCAGGGAGAGGCUCCUCCUCCUUACUGGGCGGUGCCAGCUGUUGGCUCCGCCUCCGUGUGCUGCGGUGUGUGUGGAGCUCAGAUCGCACUGAACCCUAACAGCAGCCAGCAUAUGGUGAAGUGUGGAGUGUGUCAGGAGGCAACGCCUAUAAGGAGUCCCCCUGCAGGAAAGAGGUUUGUACGCUGUCCAUGCCACUGUCUCCUGAUCUGUAACGCGUCCUCACAGAGAGUGGCGUGUCCUCGUCCUCAGUGUAAGAGAGUGAUCGAGCUGACUGGCCCAGGUUCGAGCAGCGCAGUGGUGCAGUAUUAUGGGACGCGAGCGAGCUGUGGACACUGCAGCCAAACGUUCCUGGGCCCUCAAUCAGGAAAGAAGAUGCGUGUUCGAUGUCCUCACUGCCGGAAAGUGAGCUUUAUCGGACAGGAGUACCCCAUGAAGCGCUGUGUGUACUUCACCCUGAUGGCCAUCUUCUUUGCCAUCGUCGCUGGAGGACUGAUCGGUGCCACGGUGGCGGAGGCGAAGGAUUACAACGCCAUCUACGCCCUCUGGACAUUUUUGUUGGUGCUGUGCGUGGGGUGUAUGUGCUGGGCGGUGUAUUGGGCUCGGAUUAAAGUCAGCACACCUCUGCAGAGUUAAUCUGUGGGAAGGACAGAUGUGGUCCAGAUCCGAUCUUCUCUGUGUCCGAUACGUAACAUCAGGCUCCCGAAUUUCCUGUUAGCCAUUAUCAAGCAGCCAUAUGCUCAAAUAACAGAUUUGUUAUGGUUCAUCAAUACAUAAAUCUAAUCUGUGAAGCAGAAUAACACACUCAAUAGUCUUGAUAAUCAAGUAAUAUUUUAAAUGAUAAAUCAGUAGUUUAAUAUACAAAUGCAUAAAUAAAUCUGCCACCAGAGUACGCAGCUAUUAAAGCAUGGAAAUUAUGAAAAUUCCUUAGUCAAUAAACAUUAGCUAAUUCUAGCUAACCAGUGUUACAUUUGAUCACGGUUAUAUAGUAUUAUUUUAUGAACUAACGUGUUUUUUAUUCAAUGAUCUAAACGCUAACUCUCAUAAUGAUUGACAGUGGAGUCUUAAUACCAGUGUAAAAACAGGUGGAAUAAAGACAGCGGUCGGAAAGACAAGACAAAACACUUGUGUAAAAAUAAGUUGGGUUUAUAGUUAAAUAUGUGCUUUAUAGUUAAAAUAGCACCACUACGGCUACAUGCUAAUUAUCCAGAGGCUAGCUUUAACAGUUCUACACGCAGGCUGAGUUACCGAGUUCCACUAUACUUACUACUUUUACUGUAUUUUCUAUUUACAUUCUAGAUUUUGGUGUGUAAAUGUUCAGAAACUGAAAUAAAUUGAUCUGAUUUAAUGAUUGCACUUUGGAAUGACAGUUUUUCUGUCAUUUGACACUUUUUUUUUUUUUGUAAAUCAAACUGGCGAUUACAUUUGUAUUUUUUACAUUAAUAUUCAAUUCAGUUGAAUUUUGUUUGUAUGGCGCUUUUAACAAUGGACAAGCAGCUUUACAGAAAUAAAUGGAUUCAAAAAUUAUAUUGUAAAUAUGUGAAUUUAUAAUAUAUAUUUCAACAAAAAUAAAGAAAGAAACUGUGAUAGUUCAGCUGUA